UUUUCGAUUCUUUUAUAACACUCUGCUUUUUGGAUACACAGCUAGAGAGGUGUAUUGUUAUCUGUACAAUUGCUGCCAUUGAUUAUGAUAUGGGAUGGUACUAUAUGAGUUGCAAAAUCUGUUGUCAAAAAGUAUUGUCUGUGCCAAGCGAUCAGAUGGUUUAUGGAAUUCAAAAGUCCCAAGUCAAGAAAAAGUACUACUGCGCCAAGUGUAAAACCUAUCGGCCAGAACUUCUGCCAAGGUACAAUUUACAAUUGGUAGUCCUUGACAAUACUGGCCACACAAAGUUCCUUCUGCUUGACAACCUUGCAGAAGAAUUAUUAGGGAUUCCCUGCGUUGUGUUAUCCGGUUCAUCGGCUGACCAGAUCGAGGACCGCGUUGUCGUCGAAGACAGUUUCCAGUUACGUUGGCUUUUGCGAUGA